UUUUCUGUCAUCACUAAUAAAUUGUUGGCUGCCAGAAGCUGGCCAGGAUUGGUUUCAAUAAUUCUCUUACAAUUGGUCAUGACAGUCACAGGAAAUGGAUUCCACGCCUUCAUCAUCGACGGAGCAUCACAAACGCCUUGAGUACUGCACGACAAGGCUUCCAUAUCGCCAAGGGCGUGAGUUAAAAGCAGUAAAGGUCUACACCGUGGCCAGCGAGUCAAAGCAUUUGCUGGUCUUCGGUGUGCCUAAAAUCCAGCUACAAGGGAAUCUCAAAAACAAAUUGCAACAGUUUGGAAAGCUACUGUCCUGCAUAUGCAUCACGCAGGAUAUGACUAACAAGAUGGAACUGGAGGCCUUUACCGAUGUGUUUGCCGUUAAAUUUGAUCGUGUUGAGGUGGCACGUCGAGCCAAGCGACAAAUGGAUGCCAAACAGUUUUAUGGUGGCAUUCUGCAUAUAAGUUAUGCCCCGGAAAGGGAAACACUCCAAGAACUGAGGGAAAAGUUAACACAACGUCGCUCAGAGGUUUCGUAUCGCCUAAGUCGUAAUCUGACCGAAACUAAGCAAAAAGAAGAGGAGGAACAGGCGUCGACGGCAAAAAAAUGCAAAUAGUCCACUCAU